GACCACGACUUCAGCAUGAGACCAGGUUUUGGAGGCCCUGCAAUUCCUGUUGGGGUGGAUGUCCAAGUUGAAAGUCUGGACAGCAUUUCUGAGGUGGACAUGGACUUCACCAUGACGCUUUAUCUGAGGCACUACUGGAAAGAUGAGAGGCUGUCAUUCCCCAGCACCAACAAUCAAAGCAUGACCUUUGAUGGCAGACUGGUGAAGAAGAUCUGGGUCCCUGACAUGUUCUUCGUGCACUCCAAGCGUUCCUUCAUCCACGACACCACCACAGACAAUGUCAUGCUGCGGGUCCAGCCAGAUGGGAAGGUACUUUAUAGCCUCAGAGUUACAGUAACAGCAAUGUGCAACAUGGAUUUUAGUCGCUUUCCCCUGGACACGCAGACAUGUUCCCUGGAGAUUGAAAGCUAUGCCUACACUGAAGAUGACCUUAUGCUCUACUGGAAGAAUGGGAAUGAUUCCCUAAAAACAGAUGAGAGGAUAUCGUUGUCCCAGUUCCUGAUUCAGGAAUUUCACACCACCACAAAGCUUGCUUUUUACAGCAGCACAGGGUGGUACAAUCGCCUCUAUAUAAACUUCACUUUACGCCGACACAUCUUCUUCUUCCUGCUCCAAACCUACUUCCCUGCCACUCUCAUGGUCAUGUUGUCCUGGGUGUCCUUCUGGAUCGACCGACGAGCAGUUCCUGCCAGAGUCCCGUUAGGGAUAACAACCGUGCUGACCAUGUCCACAAUCAUCACUGGGGUGAAUGCCUCCAUGCCUCGUGUUUCCUACAUCAAAGCAGUGGACAUUUACCUGUGGGUCAGUUUUGUGUUUGUCUUCCUCUCGGUGUUGGAAUAUGCAGCUGUGAAUUACCUGACAACAGUGCAAGAGCGGAAGGAGAGGAAACUGCGGGACAAGCCUGCCUGUGCAUGCAGCCUACCUCAGCCCCGGCCCAUGAUGGUGGACGGCAGCUACAACGACGGGGACGUGAACGAGCUGGGACACUUCAUGUCCCAUGAGGAUGGGGACAAGCAGGACCGCAUGAUGGUGCAGCUGGCGCUGGGCUCGGAGAGGGGCUCGGCCAGGAGGAAAAACCAGAGAUAUGUCAGCAUGCGGAUCGACACCCAUGCCAUCGACAAGUACUCCAGGAUAAUAUUCCCUGGGGCGUACAUUCUAUUUAAUUUGAUAUAUUGGUCCAUUUUUUCAUAAAGAUUCAUAACUUCUGUAGUCACACUGUUGUGACAUUAAAUAAAAGUACAGUCUCAUAGGCUAACAGAAAGAAAAUAGAGAAUUGUUUUGAUUGGAAGGAAGACUGAUUUUUUUUCCAGGAUUUUUUUUUUUUUUUUUAAUUAGAGGCAACUAAUUUGUGGCAUAAAUAAUUGUGGAAGUUUCACAUGUCAGCAAAAUAUAGGAUAUACAAUGAAAAAUUUUAUACUUAUUUAAAGAUGUGCUACAUUCCUUCUUGUGCCUCACAGGCCACUGUAAACUAUUUUAACAAGUGACUAUAAUUGCCAGUUGCUUCUAUAUGGUGCAUCCUCCACUUUGUGCCCCUGAAAUCCUAAUUCUCUGGGUACCUGAGUGCAUGCAUACAUCCUCAGCUCAGCAGUCUGACCACAUUCAAUACCAAUAAUUACAAGAAUAUACAAAUACUUGCAUGUUUGCAGGAUGAGGUCAGAAAUGGGAAUUACAAACACAAAAUAUCCAGUACUGGGAAACGCUUUGGCAGGGCUAUUGAUGGUUACAUCUUCCACAGCUUAAUGCAUGACUCAUUUAGCAGUACUUUCAAACUUGUGCUUUGUCUUAAUAGUAUUUAAAACGUGGAAAUAUUUCCAAACUGUCUUGACUAGGUUUUUAAAAUAUGAGUUGCAAUGUACAUUUAAUGAGGAAUGAACAAAAGCCAGACUUCCUGUAAUGGCAACCAAAUCCUCUGGGAAACAUAGGAGCUCUCCUUGGAUCUGCUUAUUUGGGUCACUGGUUGUUUUGCUCUUCAUUUUCCAGGGUAAGGUUCUCUCUACAAAAUGAUCCAGUAAAAACAAUCUGUAGUCUAUGAAAAUAAACCCAAACCACUUCAGGAGAAGUCUCUUCCCUCUGAUAUAGUCUGGGCAUUACCAGCCUGUAUAAGCCUGAAAACCUGUUGCAGCCUGCAAUGCCAGCAGUAGUUGUACUUGCUUCCAGGAAAAUCUGGGUUCAUCUGUUUGUAGUAAAAGCAUAAUAGAAAGGUGCUCAGCAGCUGACAAAGCAGUAGUAAAGACUUUACAAGAGAUACCAUGCCAAAACCUUUGGAAUGAAGUAAGAAAUCAUCUGACACCAUAAGGCAGCAGCUCCACUGCAGACACAGGUACAACAGAAUCUGCUUUCAUGCUGCAUUGUCCUCCAGCAUUCUGCAGCACACCAUGCCCUCAGAAAAGGCUCAGCACCUUCCAAGGCAGAGAAAGGGGACACAGCUGGAGCUGGGGGCAGUUGGCAUUGACAUGAGUCCCAAUUCUCCAACACAGAGU